AUGUUACACCAAGCCCGGCAGCUCUGUGGGAGGUGGUGCCGUUGGUCCAGUCCUUUUAUCCAUCUCCUCACACUGACUGUGGUGACAUUCGGUGUGCUCGCACCUUUGAUUUGCCACCGGCUCCUCCACUCUUACUACUAUUUGCGGCGCUGGCACCUGAACCCCAUGAGCCAGGAGUUCCUGGAGCAGAACCAGCAGGAGGGCCAGGCUGCCCUCCGUUACUUUCAGAAGCUGCAGAUACCAAAUGUUUCCGAGGCCUCUGGCCGUGAUGCCUUCCAGCCCUUGCUGCUGGUCACCAUUAUCACUGUGCAGAGGCAGAAUGAUUUCCACUAUGUCUUGCAAGUGGCCUCCCAGUUCCACCGCCUCCUCCAGAAAUGUGGUGCACAUUGCCGGAGCCACCGCAUGCUCCUCUGUAAUGUGGAGUCAGACCCCAGCAGCCAUCAGGAUGUCAGGCUGCUGAGGAGCUUCUUUCCUAUGGUCAGUCGUGACAAAACUGGGGAGAACCUUGACCCCAGCAUGAACCAGUUUGAGAAGGAGAAGCAGGACUACAUCUUCUGCCUUGAGCAGUCGCUGUUGACGUACAACCCAGAAUACAUCCUCGUAGUGGAAGAUGAUGCUGUGCCACAGGAGGAGAUAUUCGCUGUCUUGCAGCACCUCUUGUUUGGACGGUUCUCCAAACCAUACCUCAGAGACGCACUCUACUUCAAGCUUUACCAUCCUGAGAGGCUUCAGCGCUACUUCAACCCCGAACCCAUGAGAAUCCUCGAGUGGCUAGGUCUGGGCAUGUUCCUGGGGCCCGUGCUGAACUGUGUGUACUCCUGGGCAACCGGGCUCCCCAGCCUCAGUUGGCCCAUUGUCUUGUUCUUUGCUUUGUACAGUAUGGCUUUGUCAGAGCUGGUGGGACGGCAUUACAUGCUGGAGCUGCGCCGGCUGACCCCCAUGCUGUAUAAUAUUGUGCCGGUCACGGAGUGCUGCACGCCUGCCAUGCUGUUCUCCGCUCCCUCUGCCCACCGUGCCUUAGGUUACCUGAAGGGGCUGCACUGCCGCCAGGGUUUUGCUAAGGAUAUUGCCCUCUACUCACUGCUGCGUACUAAGAGGGAGAACGCCUACGUGGUAGAACCCAACCUGGUCCGGCAUGUGGGAAUGUAUUCCAGCCUUCGGCUAAAUGACAACCCAAAACUGCUGUGA